CAUUUAACUAAGAAACAAACCUUGCAGAAGUUGCAAAAUCUUUAUGAAAGCCAUUUUGCUUAUCUUCAUGCAAAAAAGAAAAUUUCAUCUCAAAUAGUUGUAUCAGAUUCCACUGAUAUGCUACAUAAGGAGACUUUAAGCCAUGCUGUUGUUCGUAGAUAUGCAAACUUUCAACCAACUGCUUGGGGAGAUUAUUUCCUUUCUCAUCAUUACAACAACACGAUGGAAGAUGAAGAAAUGGUCAUGAAACAAGUCGAAGAAAUGACGGAAGCAGUGAGAAGCAUGUUUGGAGAUGCUAAAAAAUGUUCAGAAAAACUAAGUUUGAUUGAUUUGAUCCAACGUUUAGGUUUGUAUUACUACUUUGAGGAUGAAAUUAAUGAAGUUUUAGGGCUAAUGCAUAAUGCUUCCAACCUUGAUGAAGAAGAUGUGGAUCUAUACACCAUGGCACUUAGAUUUCGAUUGCUUAGACAAAAAGGUUUCUUUGUUUCUUGCGAGAUAUUCAAUAAGUAUACAAAUGAAAGUGGAGAUUUCAAAGAAUCAAUUACAAAGGAUGAAGUUGGUUUAUUAAGUUUGUAUGAAGCAUCCCACUUGAGAAUGAAGGGAGAAAAUAUAUUGGAUAAAGCCUUAGCUUUCACAACUACUCAACUUCAAGCCAUUGCCAUGGAUUCAAACUCUCCAUUCUCGCAAGAAGUUAAAUUUUCCUUGAAGUGGCCAAUUUAUAAAGCUAUGCCAAGGUUUAUGAGUAGGCAUUAUAUCUCUCUCUAUCAAAACAAUCCAUUGAAGGAUAAUGUUCUGCUCACUUUUGCAAAGUUGGACUACAAUUCUCUCCAAAAACUUUACCAGAAAGAAUUGGGUGAAUUUUCAAGGUGGUGGAAGGAUAUGAUGUUGAGGGAGCAAUUAUGUUUUGCAAGAGAUAGGGCUGUGGAGUGCUAUACUUGGGCAAUGGGAGUAUAUUAUGAACCAAAGUACUCAAGUGGUAGAAUAUUAUUAGCAAAAGUUAUUGCUUUUCUAUCCAUUCUUGAUGACAUGUACGAUGCCUAUGCCACCUUCGAAGAACUUCAACUAUUCACCCACUCUAUUGAAAGGUGGGAUGUUAAUUGUAUUGAGAUGCUCCCGAAUUACAUGAAAGGCCUUUAUGAAACUAUUCUUGAAGUUUAUGAAGGGAUUGAAAAAGAUAUCUGCAAGGUUGACAAUAUUCCAUUUGCAUUUGAUUGUGCAAAAGAAGCGAUGAAAAAUCAAUGCAGGGCUUUUUUUAUGGAGGCUAAGUGGUUCAAUGAAGGUUACAUACCAACAGUGGAAGAAUACAUGAAAGUUUCCAUCACUUCAGCAGCCUACUAUGUUUUUGCUUCAAUAUCCUUCCUUACUAUAGGAAAUAAUGCUGCUUCAAAACAGGUUUAUGAAUGGGCUCAAACUGACCCAAUUCUUCUUAGAGCAACUAGUGUAAUUGGCAGGUUUGUCAAUGACAUAGCUUCUCACAAGUUUGAACAAGAGAGAGGGCAUGUGGCUUCUGCUGUUGAAUGUUACAUGAAACAAUAUGGAGUAUCAGAAGAAGAAGCCGUAACUGAACUACAAAAGCAAGUGGUUAAUGCAUGGAAAGAUAUAAUUGAAGACUAUAUGAAAUCCUCCAAGCUGUUUCCAAGUUUCAUCCUUGACCAUGUACUGAAUGUUGCUCGACUUUCAGAUCUCUUUUAUAAGGAGGAAGAUGGUUACACAUUUGCUGAUGGAGAAACCAAACGUUUUAUUACGUUAAUGCUUAAAAAUCCUAUGCCAAUUUGAUCCAUGCAUACACAUUCUUGAAGGCAGAUUUACUGAGGGAUUACGGACACAUCCCUCUCACAUUAUCGAUUUUUGUAUUUUAAUAUUAAUUUUGAAUUGUUAGAUUACAAUAUAUAUUAAAUUUAGCUUCACUUUGCUUAAAUUUUGCUUCGGUUGUGCAGGCACAACCACUUGGUUGUAAGUUCAAAUCUUCUCAUCUACUAUAAUUAUUUUUACGAAA